AGAGAGGGAGAGAGGGAGAGAGGGAGGGAGGGAGAGAGAGAGAGAGAGAGGGAGGGAGAGAGAGAUUUAUCUGCUUAUUGAUGUGACGAUGAAAUGAGAGAGAGAGAGACCAGGCCUUCGCCGUCCGCCGGACAAACAACCACUCGAUCAGGAUCUGAGAGGAGAGAGAACCUCAAAGAUCAGCGAGGAACUCCUGAGGAGCUCCAGAGUUUUCCAGACAGAGGAGCCGAUAGAGGAGGAGGACGACAGAAGAGCGAGAGGAGAUCUGUCCGAGGAUCAAAGGAGUUAAAAAAAAGAAACAGCCACAGGAGUGAGAGGAGAGAUCAAAAUAUCGUAGACUUUAGGGGUGACAGGAGCUCAGGAGGUAGAGCGGUCGUGGCUCAGGAGGUAGAGCGGUCUAACUCAGGAGGUAGAGCGGUCUAACUCAGGAGGUAGAGCAGUCUAACUCAGGAGGUAGAGCGGUCGUGGCUCAGGAGGUAGAGCGGUCUAACUCAGGAGGUAGAGCGGUCUAACUCAGGAGGUAGAGCGGUCUAACUCAGGAGGUAGAGCGGUCUAACUCAGGAGGUAGAGCGGUCUAACUCAGGAGGUAGAGCAGUCGUGGCUCAGGAGGUAGAGCGGUCUAACUCAGGAGGUAGAGCGGUCGUGGCUCAGGAGGUAGAGCGGUCUAACUCAGGAGGUAGAGCGGUCGUGGCUCAGGAGGUAGAGCGGUCUAACUCAGGAGGUAGAGCGGUCUAACUCAGGAGGUAGAGCGGUCGUGGCUCAGGAGGUAGAGCGGUCUAACUCAGGAGGUAGAGCGGUCUAACUCAGGAGGUAGAGCAGUCGUGGCUCAGGAGGUAGAGCGGUCGUGGCUCAGGAGGUAGAGCGGUCGUGGCUCAGGAGGUAGAGUGGUCUAACUCAGGAGGUAGAGCGGUCUAACUCAGGAGGUAGAGCGGUCGUGGCUCAGGACGACGGUUAACGACAUUAAACCCUCAGACCAUGACUCUGUACUUUCUCUAACAUGACUCGGCGUUUAGAUGAUUCCGGACUCUGAUCCCGUCAACGAUAGAAAGACCCUCAGCAGGUCCUGGUCUAAGGACUCUCUGGGGACAGGUCCUUUCAAACGUCACUCUGGAUGAUGAAGAUCUGACUCUCUAGUCCUCUCUGGGUUCAGGACUGAAGACUAUGGGGAUCUGGAUUUAGACUAAUCUGGACUAAACUGGAUUUAGGUUCUUGGACCACUCUGGGCCUCCGUACAGAGUUUCAUGGUCUGUUAAAGAAGAACUUCAGAAACUUUAAAGUGUUUUUCUUGAUUUUUACCCAAACAGACGUUUUUUUUUUUCUGACGACUUUAUUAAAACUCUGUUUGUUCUUUUUUAUUUUAACUCUGAUUUUAUUCUCGUCUCAGAUUUUCUUUGGUUGAUUCUCAUUUUCUGACUCAGGUUCUCCGUCGGACCACUCUGGGCCUCCGUACGGCGUUCCUGAGCAGCUGGCGGUGGUUUCUCCGUGAGGACGUCCGCUCGCUCCUCGUCUCUAAUCUGAAUGAAAUGAUCAUUAAAAAGCGUCAGACUCUGCGGGUCGACUCGCCGCUGUUAUCUGGGGACGCCUGCUCCUGCCAUCAUCAAUCGGCGGCUCCUUCAGCCCCCUUCACGUCCACGCCGGCGUGUUGUUCAGCCGCAGAUUUCCACGGUCCAGAGAAAACACUUGAAACGCUAUUAAGGCUGUAGUGGAGCGGGUGUUUGUAAGCCUCGCUCUUGUCAACACGCCGGCAGGAUGAACACAAGAGCGGGGGGGCGGGGAACUCUGUAAAAAGUGACCGCAGGGACCGCAGGGACCGCCAUCUGAGUCAAACGGACUCUAACGGACCUACUCCAGACCGGACCACAGGGACCACAGGGACCACAGGGACCCCGUGAUGAAGAAGACGCUGACCCCUGACCCCUGACCUCGGUUCAUCACGUCCUGAUCACAGUUUUCGGGUCUUUGUCGGUGUUUUUCACGGACAUAUCGUGACGCAGGUUUGAAUUAACCUCUGACCUUUUAGGAGGAAACAAACGAGACGUCCGUCAGCGAUGUCCAGAUUCACCGUUUCACGUCGGCGGUCCGAUACAAACGUUUGUGAUGCGACCGCGCCGGUUUAAGGAGCGUCGAUAUAAUUCAGGGUGAAUUUUCGUCUCUUCUCGCCUCUCUGCUCCGAUAAAUCUCGUCGUUAAAUCGAUUAUUUCAUCUUCUAGUUUUUAUCCUCUGUCCUCGGCAGCAGCGACGAGAUAUUUAACGCACCAAAAAUAAAAACAAAAAUCAAACACGUGGAAAUGUUUCUGUUUUUUUUCAAGCGAGGAGGUCGACUUGACAAGACGCAAUUUACAAACAAUACCGUGUGGCGAUCAAGUACGUCAGCAGCACAACGAACCUGAUGGCGCAGAUGAACCGAC